AUGGACAGAGACCGAUUUGAUCUUCUGUUGGAGUUGGUACCGCAGGAUGUGUUGACUCUUUUUUUUCACCGCAAGAAAACUGCAAUCUCCUCUCAAGUGGACGAACCCUUUACCUUCCUCAACCAGCUCCAGGACCACGAUCUGAUAACUGAGGAUCUCUGCCAGGAGGUAACAAAUGCAAGAAGUAAGGACGGAAAGCAGAAAGGUGUGCAUACGAUAUUGAACUAUGUAGAGAAGCAGGGAGUGCAGAGUAUUAAGACGUUUUGGAGAUGUGUGUUUGAGGCUCACAUGCUGCAGAAAUGUCCUUUUCUCUGCUCCCUCAUGACCAGCCUUCUGGAAGACUUUGUCAAAGUUCAUGGAGAGCCUGACACAAAGAAAGUGACCGGAAGUGAGCGCAAGAAGGGUCGAAACAAGAGAAAGAGAUGCACUGAUGAGUCAGAGGGAGAGGAACCACACACUUCUUCUGUGUCCGGAUCCACCCGGAAGAGAGCAAAAAGGAUCCGGAAGCCCAGGAUCUCCCCAGUAAAGGAAGAAGAGCCGGAAGAUUGCUGUGAAACUCUUUCUGUUAGCUGCGGAGAUAAAGAAGGCACACUGUAUGUGGACAAGCUUGCCAGAGGGGAAGAGUGCGUUUUGUCAGAGGACCAGUGGUUCACCCCACAUGAGUUUGAGAGAUUUUCAGGAAAGGGAAAUAGCAAGAACUGGAAACACAGCAUCCGCUACCGAAACACCCCACUGCAGAACCUUCUAAACGAGGGUCAUUUGCAGUGUCCACGCACUUACAGGCGCUAUGAUCAGAAGAAAACAAGACUUGCUUCUAGCUGUGUGGCGGAAAGCUCCAGCCCUCUGUCCAAUGUAAAGCUUGAAGAAGAGGACAUAAAACAAGAAGAAGAAGAAGAAGAAGAAGAAGAGGAAGAUGACAGCGAGCCAGCGGAUUUGUCAAAAUUCCAGGUUUUCGCUUUACCAGUCUGCUGUGGAUCUGCCAGUGGGACUUUAUAUAAAAGCAGAUUUGCAGGGCCAAGCAGUAAGAGCAUCCGAACAGAGGAGCACUGGUUCAGUCCUGAGGAGUUCGUAAAGCAGGAGAUAACUCUGACAGAAGGACAUUGGAAGAAAGAUAUACUGUGUCACGGCAAAACCCUCAACUACCUGGUGAAGAAAAAAAUCCUGUAUAUCCAUUCACUGCUGUGUUACUGUGUUGUCCUGAAAACCAGGAUAAUGAGUUUGGCAAGAUGGGAGCCAGAUUGAGCAAGAUGUUUGUAGAAGAUCUUCACACUGUCUUCAAUAUCCAGUAGUGUCUUUAAAAUUCAGUAGUGUCUUUAAUAUCCAGUAGUGUCUCUAAAAUUUCAGUACUGUGUUUAAUAUUCAGUAGUGUCUGCAAAAUUCUGUAGUGUCUUUGAUAUCUAGUAGUGUCUUUAAAAGUCAGCACUGUCUUUAAUAUCCAGUAGUGUCUUUAAAAAUUCAGUAGAGUCUUUAAAAAUUCAGUAGUGUCUUUAAUACCAGUCAUUUCUUUCAAAUUCUGUAGUGUCUUUAAUAUCCGGUAGUGUCUUAAAAAAAUCAGUACUGUCUUUAAUAUCCAGUAGUGUCUUUAAAAAUUCAGUAGUGUCUUUAAAAAUUCAGUAGUGUCUAUAAUAUCCAGUAGUGUCUUUAAAAUUCAGUAGCGUCUAUAAUAUCCAGUGGUUUUGGUCUUUGGCAGCUAAAAUCAACCAUUGUUUCUACAUUUUAAAGUUAAGUCUUCACCAUAGAAUCUUAUUGUUCACAAAGCAUAGUUAGUGUCUAACUUUUAGAGUGAAUUGAUCAGCUUCUAUAAUUCUUGUUGAACAUUUUAGUCAGCUAGCAUCCUACUGAAUUUGUGCCCGAUGUCUCUCACUAAGUGUGUUCCUAAAA